AGUUGCUGCCGCAGAAAGCAAGCAGUACUGAACAAAUAGCAGUAAGAGCGAGCUACCAACGUAACCAAAAUAUCAAUGUAAGAUCAUCUCGCAAAAACGAUGUUUUCGCAAAUGCCCCUCUCUUGAUUUCUUUUGACUUGCACAUGGUGAGGAGAGCAUUUCCCAUGUUGCAUUAGUGGAAGAGUGACAUGCUGGCCUGUCUGCCAGCAUCAUCAGGUGACCCUACCACCCGACUUCUCUCCCACAGGCAGAUGAACACUGGACUUCAGAAAUGGGAAACUACACAGAAGAUGAAAUCUGCCAACUAUCCAACCCCAGCGGAAUUGGAUGCCUAUGCUAAAAAAGUUGCCAACAAACCACUAACCAUCAAGAUCUUUCCUAACAGCGUCAAAGUUCCUCAGAGGAAGCACAUCCGCCGCACAGUGAACGGGCUUGACACGUCCAUUUCUAGCCAGCGCCACAGCCCGUACCCAUCUCAGGUCAGCAGCGCCAGAGCAGGCCUUCUGGCCGUACUCCGUACAGCACCCGGUAAAGGUGUCCUCAAAGACGCAGACGGCAGCCGAGCCCGUCUGCUCCCCAAAGCAGCCAUGAACCCCCACAGUGGGCCUUAUGUCGCUCAGAGCACUUUAAACCUCCCCCAGCCCGUCACCCACCUCCAGGGCAUAUCUCAAACCCAGUCCCAGGCCUUGGCCCAGAAGCAGGUCCACUCACACCCACAGCAGGCUCUACAGCAGCAGGCUCUACAGCAGCAGCCAAACAUGGCUCAUCCCUUGACUUUGAGCAUGCCUCACCCUCAAACUUUACCACAACGGAACAUGGCCCACACUCAAAUUUUACAGCGGCAACAGCAGAAUCUGGUGCACCCGCAGAUUUUGCAGCGUCAGCAGAGUUUGCCUCACACGCAGACUUUACAGCAGCAGCAGAAUCAAACUCGGCCACAAACUGUACAGCAGCACAUUCUUCAUCCUCCGACGCUACAGCACCAGGCUGUUCCCCACCAACAAGCCUUACUGCAGCAGCAACAGGCCCAAGGUCUCCGCCGCCUGGCUGAGGUUGCCCAGGCCCAUCCUCCACCUAGUCUGCAACGUUCCCAGGCCCUGCAACACCCGCAGUGUCUGCAGGCGCCCAUAUCGCAGCCUCAACCCCGGGGCGUUCGACCCCUGCCUGACGUCGCCCAGGCCCAGCCGCCCAGUUUGCAACACUUUCAGCCCCCUAGCCUGCAGCACUCCCAGGGCCUUCCCUCGUCUCAGCCCCUCCCCUCCGGUGCAGGCCCGGUCCCUCCCCCUGCCCCCGGUGCCCUGCAGCAGCCCCAGCCGGGCCAAGGACCCCCAUAUGGCCCCCGGAAGCUGCCUGAUGCAGACGCGCCCCCAAACGUAACCGUAUCUACCUCCACCAUCCCACUGUCCAUGGCAGCAGGCCUGCAUCAUAACCGGCCAGGCACCGACCUGAGCAGCAUUGUGCACCAAAUCAACCAGUUCUGCCAGGCUCGGGCCGGCAUGGGCUCCACCUCGGUGUGCGAGGGCCAGAUCGCCAACCCCAGCCCCAUCAGCCGUAACCUCCUCAUCAAUGCCAGCUCCAGGGUUAACACGCCGCACAACCUCGGCCCCCUUCCCUCCUGCCUGCUGGGCCCUGCAGAGAAGGCCCCGGGGGGGGGCCAGGGCCAUGCCGGCGCUGGUGGCCUACAGCCCAACAUGGCUGCCGCGAACAGGAUGCCGCCUGCUUUCCAUACUGACAUGAAGCAGCAACAACUGCAGCAGCAGUUACAACAGGUUCAACAGCAGCAACAUCAGUUACAGCAGCAACAUCAGCUCCAGCAGCUUCAGCAGCAGCACUCCUGGAACCAGCACCAGCUGGCUCACAUGCAUAGCAUGCCAGAAGGAGCCCACCCCUGCAAGAACCCCAGGAGAGAAGCCCCCUCUGGGCCUGGCUUUCCUGCCAAGAACCUCAGCUACUCCCAUGAGCUACUGGCGUCCCAGGCGCAACCCUUCCCCCUUAAACACCUGUCAGACAAGACGACCCCCUCACCCCCGGUCAACGGCCCUCUGGCCAACAACAUGUCUGGCUACACCAACGGGCGCUACUUACAGGCUCCGUGGGGCAGCGUCCUACCAGGGGCCAACAGUGACAGUGUCGGGCCUCAGGACCUGCCCAUGACUUUCCAGGGGGGCCCGUCAGGGGCCUCGCUAGACUGCAGCGCCCCUGGAGCACAGUACCGACCGGGGGCCAGACCCGGGGCUCCCGGUCAGGGUCCGACCAACCCGAUGCAGCAGAACGUGUCUGAUUACCUAGCUGGGGAGUUCCAGGCAUUCCAGCAGAACCCCGGAGCCAUGGGGAAGAUGCACAGACCCCCCAUGGGCAGAGCUCCGGCCCAGGGCCCAGAGCUAGGCAAUGGUAGAAAUAUCCACGCCCACCACCUAGGAUAUAGAUAGCAAACAAGUCCUAACCUCAUCAGUUGUUAUGGUUGGUAAAUUAUUCAAGGUUACAUUCAGGUGUCCCUGUGUUAAGAAACCUGGCAAGGGAUCAUUUGAAUGUUCUUCAGUUAUUGGCUCCUGCUCUGAAUGUUCAAUCGCUGACUUAUCUGUGUUUUGAAAAGGGUUGUCGAUGCCUAAGAAAGGUAUAUGUUAAACCUUUGUGCCAGAUGACCAGAGGUAGAUUGUAUUCCAUUGAUGAGUAAUACUUUCUCAUACCACCACGUGGGGAUCUGCUGCUUGUAGUAUUUUCUGUGAUACACUUGUGAUCUAGGUAUAGAACCCAGUAGGACUACUUCCUGUCCUGAUGAUGAUAAGCGCCAUAAUUUUGCCCUAGUUGUGACCAACCAUCUUAGCAACAUUACUGACCCAAUACUGCACAUGCUGCGGCUGAACGUGGGGUCAUCUUUCCUUUCCAAUGUUUACAUUUACAAUUAUGCAUCUAAGAAUUCCAUGUACUGUAGACGCGUCCCCCCCGUUGUCAAUACAUCCAAUGAGACUGUUGAUUUGCUGAAGGGGUAUUUUUGUAUGGUAAUAGGAAUCAUGUCCUCAUCUUGGACUGAGUAUAUUGUUACUUCAGUCUUUCCCCAUAUACAAUAAGGUAAUGAAUGAUACAGCCAUUUGUCCUGUCCUCUCAUCGGUGUGGUAAUACCUUCCGAGUCACUGCUCUGGAAGUGCGAUUUUGUUUUAAAUGCCUGGUGUAAUUUGUUAAUUUAAUGAUCACUACUUGAAUUUUACUGGUGAGGUUUUCAUUUUGAGAACAAAAAAAAUCUAAAUCGUAUGCUAAACAUUUACAAAUCACUUUUUUUGGAAAAACAUUACAUGUCUAACUAUGUGAAAUAGAAUCAAUCCCCUGACCUUAAAAGGAACGGUCUUAAUGUGCAAUGACCGAGUUGAUCACUUGCAAGGGGACAAGUACAGCUGAACAUACCUGAGGAGGAAUAAAGGCUAUUUUCUUCUCAUAAGACACUGGUUUCACCACUAUACUACUGUAAACAAGUGAAUACAUUCCUCGUGGGUAUUUGCCUGUAUGUGUCAGUUGUGGUAAGCUGAUUUUUCAUUAGCUAGCCCAAUGCUGCAUUUGUAACCAUGUCGGAGGUGGGAAUUUACUAUUUCACGUUGUGAUUAACAGUAUGGUUUGACUGUCCUUGAGAACCUCCAGUUGGCCAACAAGCUGUCCAUUAACUGUAGGUACAGCUAUCCUUUUUGUAAGAACAUUACAGUUAAAAACAUAGCUUUUUGUAAAUUAUAUUUUGUUACAUUUAACUGUUGAAAAUACUGUUAUCGGGUUAAUUUCCUUAGAGGUCAGCAUGUUGUGGAAGUCUGAGGUUGUGCGUGACUGCCAGUGGACUUUUCCUUGUCAGGUGGAAAAUUCUGACUUCCCACCUGGUUACAAAUGCUCCAUAACACUGUGUAUUCUCUGUACUACCUAGAAAGGAGAACUGGGAUUCAGUCCAGUUCUUUUUUUAAAUGCAGGUUGCAAACUCAUGCUCUAAAUGGGUCUAGCCAUAGAAAUAUAAUUGUUUAAUUAUUUAUAUGGGUCUAGCAUGCUGUGUUGAGUCCAUGUUCUCAUCUGUUUAGCUGGGGUAACGGCAAACUCCUGUAAGGGUAGAUUUAUGGCCUGUCCUCCCUGAUAACCCUUGAAAAUAAAGCCUUAAAUGUUAUUUUAGUUACCCUCUAUACCUUAAAUGUUGUAUGACUACACAAUGCCAGAUUUCUUUUAAAACAGUGCAUUGUGUAAAAUCCUCCUAUAUCAAAACUAGUUGUUAUACUAGCAAUCGUUUCUGCAUACAGUGGCAUGAGAAAAUAUUGAUAGUGAUAAAUAGUAAUUAUACAAUUGCAUACUUAUACCAAUACAGUUGUUCAAAUAAGUGUUUUAUUAACUUUAAGAUGUUAGGGUUCAAUCAUGUGAGAAUAAAGGUGCUGAGGCUUCUUGAAUGGUUUAUGAAUUUGCAAACAAAUUGGGACCGGCAUUAUACCAUCCUUCCAUACAAAAUCCUUCCAAAUGAAAACGUCCUGUUACUGGAUAACAUUCAUAAUGCCAUUUACCCAUCUUGUGGUUUUAUGCCAUCAUGCACUUAACAGCUAUACAAUGAUUAUAUUGCCAAGAACCUGGUUUCCUCUUUCAGGAUAUUUACACUUGGCCACAGAGUUCUAACAGCAGGGCAUUUGUGCACAUCAAAAUACAUUAAAAAGAAGAAGUUGGCCAUCUGUAUCUCAACUUAAUACCAGUUGCAGGCUUGUGAUUUGAAUUGAAGAGGACAGUGAAUAAUCACAGGAAAAGGUAUCAUGGAUAUCUGGAAGGAUUCUGUGUGGGAAAAUGGUCUAAGAUAAUGUCACUAUUCUGCAACUUAUAAAACCUCAGAAAAAGGAAAAGUGCUUGAAUUUUCACAUGGUUAAGUAAUCAAAACGGAAGAAUUAAAAACAUUAACAAAAGCUCCUUAUCUGAACAAUUGUAUUAGUAUAAAAAAAUGUUCAGCGUUAAAUAUAUCUCUCUAUGUAUUGUAUUUUAUACAGUAAUUAAAAUGCUGUUAGAUUUAAUACUUUCUCACCUCACUGUAAGUUUUAAUUUAAAGUCACUGUUAAAUUGCUAAGAAAAACACCUACUAGAAAGUAUGGAUAGAAUUUAGCAAUGGUUUGUGUAGCACUGGGCUGUAACAAUGGUCUUCAGACUGUUUUAUUUGUUGUUUUUACUUGAUGAGUAGCUUAAUUUAGUUCUUAGCUAAUUUAUUUCCUUGAGCGCUGCAUCCUGAAGCCAUAGGUUUUUCCUCAUAGGUGCCAUAAGUAAAGCACAUCAUCAAACACAAAACAAUGCAAACUGACAUCUCACAACUAGCUGCAUUCAAUAAGAGAUGGAAAGGUUAAGUCAUAGAAGUAAAUCUAUUUCCAUGGUAGCCUUAAUGUUAUGGAUUAAGCUUUCCUCCCUGAGGGCAGUAGCUGGAUUCUGUUGUUUGGCUGUUACUCCUGUUGUGUCCCUGAUGUGCCUGGCCCUUGAAGCUGCUAUUGAAUUCCAGUCAAAACACACAAUAGUGUGAUUCUUGUGUGCGUGUGUGUGUGUGUGUAUAUAUAGUAAUGAUGUAUGGGUUGUACUAUUAGAAUAAAAGUUCCUAUUUA